CCGCUGCGCCGCGCUGCGCCGCGCUCAUCGUCCGAGGCCAGGGCACGGCGAGCCGAACCUCCGCAGCCACCGCCAAGUUUGGCCGCGCCUCCGGGGCUGCUGUCGCCCGCACCAUGUCCGCGGCCGCCUACAUGGACUUCGUGGCUGCCCAGUGUCUGGUUUCCAUUUCGAACCGCGCUGCGGUGCCGGAGCAUGGGGGCGCUCCGGACGCCGAGCGGCUGCGACUACCUGAGCGCGAGGUGACCAAGGAGCAUGGUGACCCGGGGGACACCUGGAAGGAUUACUGCACGCUGGUCACCAUCGCCAAGAGCUUGUUGGACCUGAACAAGUACCGACCCAUCCAGACCCCCUCGGUGUGCAGCGACAGCCUGGAGAGUCCAGAUGAGGAUAUGGGAUCCGACAGCGACGUGACCACCGAAUCUGGGUCGAGUCCUUCCCACAGCCCGGAGGAGAGACAGGAUCCUGGCAGCGCGCCCAGCCCGCUCUCCCUCCUCCACCCUGGAGUGGCUGCGAAGGGGAAACACGCCUCCGAAAAGAGGCACAAGUGCCCCUACAGUGGCUGUGGGAAAGUCUAUGGAAAAUCCUCCCAUCUCAAAGCCCAUUACAGAGUGCAUACAGGUGAACGGCCCUUUCCCUGCACGUGGCCAGACUGCCUUAAAAAGUUCUCUCGCUCCGACGAGCUGACCCGCCACUACCGGACCCACACGGGGGAGAAGCAGUUCCGCUGUCCGCUGUGUGAGAAGCGCUUCAUGAGGAGCGACCACCUGACCAAGCACGCCCGGCGGCACACGGAGUUCCACCCCAGCAUGAUCAAGCGAUCCAAAAAGGCGCUGGCCAACCCUUUGUGAGGUGCUGCCCACCGAGCCAGGGAGGGACGGACCCGGAAGGACGAACUACUCCCAGCGAACAGACAGACAGGUGGGAACCACGGCCCAGAAGAGGCGCGCUGCCAGCACAGGAAGUCGCUGUUCUUUGGUCACUAGUCUAAUUUUCCUCUCCCUGCGUUGUUUUUAAAAAGCACAUUGUAGCCUAAGAUCAAAGUCAACACUUGGUCCCCCUUGCAGAGGCAACUCUGAACCGUCUCUGACUGUUGGAGGGAAGACAAAUGCUUUUUUUUUUUUUUUUUUUCCUCUCCUUAAUUUUCUUUUGGGGGGGGUGGAGGGGUGGCAGGUGUGGGGAGGGGGUUAAAGCCAAGACUGGGGUAGACUUUUAAAGAUUCAACACUGGUGUACAUAUGUCUGACUGGGUGAGUUGACUUGUAGCAUCACACAGUGAUUCUGGGCCCUUUCUGCUUGCUCUCUCUCAGAAUUGUUUUCUUACCUUUUAAUGUAAUGACGAGUGUGCUUCAGUUUCUUUAGCAAAACCACUCUCUUGAAUCACGUUACCUUUUGAGAUACGAAACGCCAUAGCACAGCUGUCUUUAUGCAAGCAAGAGCACAUCUACUCCAGCAUGAUCUGUCAUCUAAAGACUUGAAAACAAAAAAGUUACUUAUAGCCAAUGGGUAAGCAGUAUGAAUUUAUACUAAUCAAGACACACCUUUGAAAGGUUACUGUAAGUACAGAACUUUCAAACCUUGCUUUGUAUGAAUUGUACUUUUUGAACAUAAGCUGCACUUUUAUUUUCUAAUGCAGAGGAUGAAUAAGUUAAAUACAUGCUUUAAGGAUAGAAGCAGACAUUCUGUUUGGAACCACGUUAUAAUCUGCUUAUUUUACAGUAUACACAUUUCCCUAUGAAAUCAUGGCAGAGAUGUGAGGGCAGAAUAUAUACAACAGAUGCUGAAGGAGAAGGAGGGUAGUAUAUAUAUUUUUUAAUUUAAAAAAGAACAAACAAUUUUAACUCUAUUAACUUUUCCAAAAUUUCCUAUCCUUUUAAUUAACCUCUUCUUAUUGUACCAUAAUGCCACGAAGGGCGAGGGCUUUGACUCUGUUGGGUUUUAUUUGAAUGGGUGCAUAACAGUAACUAGCUCUGGAAACGUUUAUUCUUCGGGGAAAAGGUUUGUCGGUUACCUUCCCAUGUUUCCUACAGAACCCCCAAUAACAGGUGCAAGAGUUACAUAAAAGGAAAAGGGAGCUGAAAUGUGAAAAGAAAAAUAACAUACCCCUAUAAGUAGUGAGCGCUAAGGGAAGAUACCAUGAUGAUUUCAGAGGAGACUGUGCAAAAUCAUCCCUUUUGGAGAAGGAAGGCACAUGGAACAUAGAGGAAUGAAAACACAACACUGUAUCUUUUAUAUCAGUAGCCUCACCACUAUAAGAUCUCGUAUCCAGGGGUCUAAAAUGGCCUCAACCACUAUAUGCAUAGUAUACCAUUUACCUGAAAACUUAAUUUUGGCCUUUAUGUGGUCAGAAAAAUGAACCGAGUUUUCAUCGUUGAGAAGAAACCUCAAAUAGGGGAGUCAGCAGUGAUCAUGGGGGAAAUGUUUACAUAUUCUUCUUUUUCAUCAGAAACAACGUUUUCUGACAAUUUUAUCUGAUAUUUAAAACAGGGAGUUAUGGUGCACUCUAGUUUAUACGUGUGCUAUGAGAUGUGUUGUGUAAACCUGGGGUGAAUUCAUCAUUUCACCUGACACAUGCUUGUUUCCAGUUCAGAACCAGUGUGGGCUCCUGCAGCAGGCAUGGGUCACAGCUGACUCCAACUUCCAAUACAGUAGCCAUCACUAGCACGGUGUUUUUCUUUUGUUUGUUUAACCAGCGUAGUUGUAUCAGUAGUUCUGGAAAGAGAACUGCUUUUAACAUUAGGGACUGGGAGCAGUCCAUGGGAUAAAAAGGAAAGUGUUUUCUCACGGGAAAACAUGUCAGGAAAAAUAAAGAACACUUUCUACCUCUGUUUCAGAUUUUUGAAACGCUUAUUUUAAACCAAAUUUUAAUUUCUGUGUCCAAAAUAAGUUUUAAGGACAUCUGUUCUUCCAUACGAAAUAGGUUAGGCUGCCUGUUUCUUACUGAACUCAUGGAAUGGUUCUGCUUGUGAUCCUCUGCAUGCUGCCUUUUAGUGAGUGAGGAGUUUGGCGUUGCCUAGCAACCCACUAACUUGUACAAACUCAUCUUUCCCUCACAGAACGAAAUGAAGGAAAACCAAGCAAAGUCAGUGAAAGACAAUCUUUGUAGUUUCAGGAGUAAAUCUACAUGUGGCUUUUGUCCAGCACUUCGAUGGAUGUAAAUGCAGCAACUUGUUUUAAAAAAAAAUGCACAAUUUACUUCCCCAAAAGAGUUGCUACUUGCCUUUUCAAGUCGUUGAAGAACACACAUUUGAUAUUCUCUUAUAUGUUAUAGUAACAUAACGUAUAAACUCAAGGCUUUUUAUUCCUUGUGAUAAAUCCUGUUUUAAAAUGUCACAAAACAGGAACCAGCAUUCUAAUUAGAUUUACUCUAUCAAGAUAUGGUUCAAAUAGGACUACUAGAGUUCGUUGAACACUAAAACUAUGAAACAAUUACUUUUUAUAUUAAAAAGACCAUGGAUUUAACUUAAAAAAAUCCAAAUGGAGGAUAGUAAUUUUUGUUUACUUUUUUAACCAAACUGAAUUUUUUGAAAGACUAUUGCAGGUGUUUCAAAAGAAAGAAAAAUUGUUUUAUCUAAUACUGUAAGUAGCUGUCAUAUUCUGGAAAAUUUAAUAGUUUUAGAGUUAAGAUAACUCCUCUCCUUGGUUAGGGAAGAAGAAAGCCCUUCACCACUGUGGAACGAUGCCGUGGCUUUAAGGUGUAGCCCUACAUCAUGCUUCUUUUGAGAAUUAUAUUUGGUAUAGUUAUAAUUACAGAAACUGACUCGUUGUCAGUUUGCAGGUAGAUUAAGCACAGUACUCAUCACUCUGGAUAGAUUGAGAUGUUCUUUCACAACAGAUGAAUGAUCUGUAACACUGUAAGAUACUUAUCUUUACAACUGUUUAAUCAGUUUUAUUUUUGUACAGUAUUAGUGACCUAAGUUAUUUUGCUGUCCCGUUUUUGUAAAUCAAAUGAAAUUAUACAAGAGGAUUCUGACAGUAGGUAUUUUGUACAUAUGUAUAUAUGUUGUCCAAAUAAAAAUAAUAAAUGAUAAAGAUUGCA